AGAGAAGGCGAAGGGACGAGCGUCCUAGCAUAGUCCUCCUUGUUUCAUUUGGAUGUCUACUAGUUCCUGACGAUAUCUACAUCGGAUCUUUGUAGUUGCGAAUUACUCAAUCUAUUACACUGCUUCACGGUAUGUGGCUCUUCGAGGUUUUUUACGUCUAGAAUUUGUUGAGAUUUUGAAAGACAUUUACCAGUAAUUCAUCAAGGUCAUAUUCACAUUAUUAAGUCUCCCUCAUAGUAGUUUUGAUAAUUGAUGUAAGAAUUAGUUGUGAGUACAAGUUGAAGAAGAUUAUCGCGCAUUUCGAUUGUGCCAAAAAUAAAUUAAAGCAAUUGUAUGAAGUACUUAGCGUUGGCGCAAGAACUUGUAAUGAUAUACGAAUUCACGACGCCUUCCUGUUUCCGGCACCAGCUUCCUCUCGGCGCCCGUUUUGCUUCCUAGUGCGCGACCAGGUGAAGCAUCUGCGCAUCUACUUGAGCACCGGUUUUUUGAAAAAAAUUUCUCCAUCUGCUGCUGCGGCGAAGGUUCACAAUGAACGACCACUGUAUAGGAUUCGACCCAACCCUCGUCGCCUCCACCAGCAGAGUGUGAUAUUAACGUUUAUGUUUCAGCUUCCGACUAAAGGGACUAAAGUGAAGAACCAAUUGUGUUUUUUUGCAUCAUCAUCAUCGAGAAGAAGAGCGCCCGCAUCGUCUUUCUCCAGAACAUCGACGAGGCCAGCGGUGGGUCUUUUACAACAGCAGAAGCAGUCAAUUAUUUCUAGAGCUGCAGCGCAAGAAGAACGGCAGAGGUCACUACUACUUUUUCAACGCAGCUACGUAGGUCGUCAUCUUCAUCAUUUUCCUUCGGCGCUGGUACCAGGGGACGAGAAACAAGCUCCAAAGUCUUCUAGCUGCUGGACGACGAGCAAGGCUACUUUCGACAAAAAUCAGGAUUAUUUUCCGCGACCAGCCGGGCAUCAACAGAUUAAAUUUGUCGCUUUGAAAGAACACCGGCGCACAUUUUUCUUCCGCUCCCGAGAGGACAGCAGCAGUACUACAGAGCAGCAACGAGGAGCGCAAUUGGAUGCGCAGGAAGAUUUAGAUCAAGAGAACUUCACAACUGCCCAGAAUUUUCCGGAUUCGAGAGGCGCGAUUGAUGAUGGAGAAGAACCAUCUUCGCAGUCUCUGAAAGAAACCACCAUAGUUGCACGACCAGGGUACUACAAGCACAGCAUUGCAACCCUGUUCGACCUGCCGCACCACGAGCUGCAAAUUUUCGAACAGCAGGAAGAGACCCGAUCUAUUAUCGCUGAAGUACGUCGGCAACAAGGGAGGAACAAGACGAAAGAACCUCGUGUCAUCAACAAGUCGAGGACCACUUCUUGGAAAACUGGUGCGUUGCCACCUGCAGACAGGGACGAGGUUGGUGCCUCUGCCAGCGGAACGACCACCAGUACCAAGCCCACAAGCUGGAAAGCAGCUGGUGCCCCAAGUACAACUAACUUCAGCGGCGCUUCACGGCUCGACGACGACGCACCAGAUAAUAACGACCAGAAAGCCAUCGCGCUAACCUCCAAGAAAGAACGACAAGGACCUUCAUCUACUUCGAAAAUGAUAACGGGCAAUUCCGCAGCAGCCUCCUCCUCUACGAGGCAACAUAACAGCAAGCGAAUUCGCGUGGCAACCUACAACGUGCUGUGUCCCGCGUUGUCUUCUCAAAGUUCACACAUCAGAGCACUGCCGCAGCACCUGCACCCGCCCAGCCGACUACGGAAAAUAAAGAGAAAGUUGGUGGAAGAGGUACUUGAAGUGAUUGAAUGAAGUACUUGGAGUGAUUGCAUGAAAUGGAAGAGGUACUUGAGAGAAAUAUAAUAAUUAUUUCGUCAUUAUAAUCAGGCAUCAAUACAACUUGAACUUUUCCAGGAAGUUGCAGUGUAUAAAGCUUGAUAGAUUGUCGUGGUACUUUCGCAGCUAAAAAAACGUCUUCAGGUAUUUCCCAACAAUGUUAUCUGCUGCCUCCAAGAAGUGGGUCUCUCCUGGAAGGGCGAGCUGCAGCAACUCUGCGUAUCCAAGAUGAAAAAAUCUGUGUUAGUGUAACUUUCUUUGGCUGACAGCAUCACAAAUUUGCUCUACAUGUUGACAGAGAAAACCUGUCAUGCGUGGUGCCUUGUAAGGGAAAACACACACCACGAAAAGAGGACUUCGUGGCUGUGUGGCAUGACAGGCGUAACUCUGUUGCAUGUUCUGCAUUACAGAGCUACAACACUUACACAGGUUUUUUUCUUGCAUAUUGCGAGGACUUUGACUACAAAGUCAUCGACACGCACUACGGCACCGCUUUCAAUUAUGGGAGUGUCAGGAUCGGAAUCGUCAAAGUUGAAAUAGUUUGUGAUGCAUACAAUGCAGCGCCGAAAUUGCCUCUAUUGCACAGGGCGAAAGGGAUGCAGAUUGUAAGCCUUUUUAGGGGCGGUAGAAAUUGAGCUGCCAAAGUAGCAUGACAAAAGGCGCCUCUCUUACCCAAACCGCAUUACAGACUGGAUUUCGGCUCUACCCAAAUUUGUCAUGCGCCACUUGAAAACUAGGCACCAACUGGCAUCCGUUUUAUGCAUCACAAAUUAUGUCAACUUUGACGAUUUCGAUCUUGACACCCCCAUAUCAAUGAUUUCAUGGGCAUCAUGGUCGCCUACCCCGCGAAACUCUACAAAUUAUGCGAAGAAAAAACUGUUUCACUGUGAACUUGUGAUGCAUAGAACGGAGCACAGAAUGACUUGUCUUGCUACACCUGCAAGACAUUGGAUUUUUAGGCGUGUUUUCCCUUGGGAACUGCGCAUGGCAAAUUUUUCGUGUCGUGUGUAGCAAACUUGUGAUGCAGAUUUUGCAAAAUCAUCACAGUGAAACAGUUUUUCCUCACGAUACAAAUCGACAAGCAUACACUGCGGCCGCAUGUCGGACGCGUAUGUGGAUUUUUCGCUCCUCCCCGAACAGCCGAGCUUUGCGGAGCGGUUACGGCUAGAGAAGGAAAAAGCGGAGAAGAAAGCGCUGCCUCCGGGGAUAAAAGUAUAGAUACAUUUUCUUUGUAGAUACAGAUGCUAAAGAUCUUGGUUUUUGUCAUGCCAUUGGCGGUUCGUGACUUUUUCUUUUAAGCCUGCCCUAUGAAGAGUAGACUGACAGCUUUUGGCUCUGGUUGCACGAAUUGUUUCUGAAUUUCGGCAUCAACAAAAACCUGCUCCCACAGGACAGCGCCGUCCAGCUGGCGAAGUCGGUGAUGCACAGGAUAGGCUGGUGGCCUCCGGCAGGUAGUUCGGGCGACGGCGGCACCAACUCCGUAUCGGGUGCAAUUAUGUCUGGCUCUGGAAACAACUUGUGAUGCUAUGUGGCGAAUCACGCGACGCCUCCAUUGACAGCCAAGCAUGACAAAUUUUUGAGCUACUCAGUGUUGUCUGUCUUGCAUGACAGACUGCGUUUGUGCAUGACAGAGAGACGUGUUUUUUGGGUAAUGUGCAUGACAGACUUGGGAGUCAUGCUCGCCCUGCAUGACAAAGACAAUGACAAACCUUGCAUCCUUCCAGACCCAGACUACAUAUUUGCAUUUGAUAGUCCGCUUCCCUCGACAAAAAGGAGGAAAGCGCCUGGGACAUCGUGGAGAAGCGCAUGAUAUGAACUGCAAAAGUUGUAUCGUAGGCGUAGUAAUUCUUGCAGCCAUGCAUUGCAAAUCUCUCUCUUAAGGUAAAUCCGCAUUAGAAGUCCCAUUUGUCAUGCUGACCAAAUUUGUGAUGCGAUUUCUACUAGUUGUGCGAUACUUCUUUUGCAGUUCAUACAUGAAUCGGGUGAUCAUGGUGAGAUUCUCCACGCUUGAAAAAGAAUCCGACGGAAAAAAUGCGCCACUGGUACCCACCGCAAACGAGUUUGCCGUGAUAUCAAAUGCAAGUAGGUCUGGGUCUGGAAGAAUGCAACUUGUCAUGCAGAUUUUCCAUGACCCAUGAGGUCUGGAAUGCGGGACCUAGCAUGACAAACUCUUCCAGGUCUCUGUCAUGUCUAUCCUGCAUGAGAAAUCCCCUCCCAACUUGGUCGAAAGUGGACAGCUAAUUUUGGCACUCAUGCAACACAGAUUCUAGCAUGAUUCAGAUUUAGCAUCACAAGUUACUGUCUUCCAGACUCAGACAUAUUUGCAAUGCAUACGUGGCCACGUACCACAACCCGUGCCUGUUUGGAGCUUCGGAAAAGGUGCGGAUAUCCUGUGUAAAAACGUCCCCACCCGAGAGCUGUCAUGGAGAUUUGCGAUUACAGGAACAUUUGUAAUGCGCAUCCCCAAGGGAGGCAUAUCCUGUCGUGUUUUGGCAUUUGUAAUGCUGCAAAUAGAAUAAGCAGAUGGAUUUGUGGUGCGGUUGGCCUUGCUAACAUGCACUUCGCUACGGACUGAAACUUGUCAUGCGUGGCUCUCAAAACUUCUGGGUUUGUGUUGCUAAGUUCCGAACUUGACUACUGGGCGGCGGCGGGAACGUUUUUACAUAUGAUAGCGGGCGCUGGGGAUACACACAGCCAUGCUGGUCCAGGCGUUUCAGGAGUUUGCGGGGGAAAGCACGCCGAGGAUACUACUCGGGGAUUUCAAUUUUACGCCCACGAACAGUAUAAGAUUGCUGUUGUACUACUAUCAUGCAAGUAUCAUGUGAAGAAGAAUAUGGUCUUUUUUUUGUGUUGCCUGACACGUCGCCCCGUGCCCGUGCAUCUACAUGCGCAGCUGUACAGGAACAGGACAUUUCGAAAAAUCCACGCAUUUUAUCAUUAUCAGGUCCCAUUUACGACUACAUCACAACCGCUUCUGACGAGUCCUUCAACCAACUCGAGUUGCUCCGCGACCGGCCACACAAGUACCACUUGUGGAACUCCGAGUUCCACUAUGAGAGUGCACAGCUCCCCCUAUUCCUCAUUUGUCAUGCAAGAUGCUCAAUCCAGACUGUGCCUGUUAGCACUGUUUGCAUGACAAGUUUUGGCAGGGGCAGCCCAAAUAGCACUACAAUCCUGUGAAAAUUUGUCAUGCAAAAUCUGCAUUCUCGCUAGCGCUUGUAUUGCCGUUCAUGCUAUACAAAUGAGGGGGGGGAAGUUGUGCACUGUCAUAUCCACCCCUUGGACUCCUGUUACGCGCUGAAGCAGAAAAAGGAACCCCGGUUCACAAACUACGCGUCGCGCAGAUCGGAGUUGGAGGAGCAUGACUUCAUAUGAAUCGCAAAAGUAUCGACGCAUUCGUACUUCUUAUUGCAGAUUUGCAUGACGAAUUCCCCUCGGAAGCUAAAACAGCAUUGCAAAUUCCAUCUGUCAUGCUAACCGAAUUUUUUGUCAUGCGAUUUAUACUAGGUAGUCGUAGUGCGAUACUUUUGCAAUGCAUACUUCAUGGAAACUCUCGACUACGUCUUUGUCUCGAAGUAUGGAUGUGUCAGAGUUGAAAUCGACACAGUCGAAAUAAUUUGUCAUGCAUAAAAUGGAUGCCAGUUGGAACCCAGUUACCAAGUGGCGCAUGACAAAUUUCGGUGGUCCCUAAAUCCAGUUUGUCAUGCUGUUUAGGCAAAGGAGAGCGAUUUUCUCAUGCUACUUUAGCAGCUCGAGCUGUAACCUGAAACAGGCUUACAAUCGGCCUCACUGGCCUGCUCUGCAACACACGGACCUCAGGUCAUGCAUUUUAUCAUGCAUGACAAAUUAUUUGUUCAACUUUGUCGAUUUCAACUCUGACACAUCCAUACGAAGAACCACUGGGAGGUCGAGUCCGUCGUGGACCUACUCGACGAAGACACCGCGCUCCAACACGGCGUAUGGAUUGCAAAAAUCCCUGGAUGUCUGGAAGAAUGCAACUUGUGAUGCUAUUUUUGGAAUCUAAAAAAAUCUGUAUUGCAUGAGCAGCAAAAGGCGUCCAGUUUUUGCUCCGCGGAGCGGGCAUUUCUCAUGCGGGACAGGCAUCAAGAUGUCCGCAAAAAAAUUGUGAUGCUGGGGCAUACAUCACAGACCGAUCAUGGGUCAUGCAAAAUGUGCAUGACAAACCUUGCAAUCUUCCAGACCGAGACACAUUUGCCUUUGAUAUCGCGUGCAGCCGAACGAAGCAGAGCCAAGUGAUCACUGUCUCGUCGGCGCGAGCUUGCUCUGCAGGAAGUUCUAGUUUUUAGGGGAGAUGCAGAUGAUGUUUAUUGCGACGUGUGGUGAACGGAUUUAUUCGAGGGCGCGAAGUAGUUGUGGGCGACGCUCAUGGGAGGUUUGUAAGUAGUUCCAGGCUGGUGCUAAUAUUGCGAUAAAGAUAGUAGUGCGGGUUGAGAAGAAGAUCUUCGUGUUUUAAUAGCAGGAAUGAAUCUACUUCCAUCUGAGCUCAAGCUCAAGUUUUUUUCAACUACGAAGAACGCAAAUAAGCUGUGCCUGUGGAGUACUAGCGAAAGCGAAUGCAUAGAGCUUCAUGUACUUCCGUUUUAGUAACUGUAAAUAUUGAUGCGAUGAGACCACAGACCCCCCCCCAGCUACUUUCAGGGUAAAAAGAACUGGAGGUGGUAGCUGCACCGAACACACCUAGCGACAAGAAUAUAUGCAUUUAAUAUUGGUUCUUUGCUGCAGAAGCUUCGCUGUUUUUUCUGUUGAUAGCGCGAGAAGUUGAAAAUGUACUUACUACGUCAUGAUGAUUCAUCAAGGCGUGUUGACCAAGAAGAUGACAAACCUUCCCCGACACUAU